AUGGCGGGGAUUGACCUCGUCGGAGCUCGCGUGCUCCCUGCGCUCAGCUCCCUGGCCGCAUGUACUCGACCGUGGUGGCAGAGCACACCUACCGCACGCCAACACAGCACGCAUCACCACCACCGCACGCACCGUGUUGCGGCCUCCUCCUCCUCCUUCGGCGCCGCCACCACCGCACGCACUGCCGUCCGGCCCCGUGCCACCCGAGCCCACAGGAGAUCUGGCUGGCAGAGUUCGUCGGAGUUCGCAUGUGGGCCGAGUGGUGGCCGACGGGAGCUCGUCCGGAUGUGGCCGCCGGAGUUCUGGAAGGAGCUCGCGUGGUGGCCGACGGGGCUCGGUCGGAUGUGGCCGCCGGGGAUCUGGCGGAGCUCGCGUCGUCGUCCUCCGCAGCGUCUCCAUCGUCGUGAGCGUGGAUGA